GUUUACUCGUCAUCAAAGACUUUUUCUUCCAAUAUUCAAUUCCCCCGCUUUCGUCUUCCUCUAUAUCCCUCGUCCCUUUCCAUUUGGAUAUUCUCUCCGGCAUCCACCGGUUUCUAUCGUAUCUCCUAAUUUCACAGUUUCAGUUAUAUGAUACAAUCAUCGUUUUAUCCAUUCCACUUCUGUUACGCUUCUUGAUUCCCGUUUUGUAAUUCAUCUUGCAGAGUCGAACAUGUCAGGGCUCAAGAAACCUCAUCUCCACAAACCUCGAUUCCCAAGUCAACCCACAUCCAAUCCAUUCGAUUCUGACGAUGAAAUCGACAAAAAAUCAACCCUAAAACCAUCAAAAAAACCCUCUUCCGAACCUUCAAUAACCCCAAAUUCAAAAACCAGUUUUUUCGAUGACAAUGAAAUUAAAGGGGCCUCGAAUUCAUCUGGGUAUGCAUCAAGAAACAAAUACAAAAACGAUUUCAUCGAUUCUGGUGGUGUAGAUAACCAAAGUGUCCAAGAAUUGGAACAUUACGCUGCGUAUAAAGCUGAAGAAACUACAAAGUCUGUGCAUAGUGCAUUAAAAAUCGCAGAAGAUAUUAGAGAAAGUGCCACUAACACCAUGCUCACCUUACAUCAACAAGGUGAACAGAUUAACAGAACCCACAAUGCUGCAGCAAAUAUCGAGCAAGAUCUCAGUAGGGGAGAGAAGCUAUUGGGAAGUCUUGGAGGCAUUUUUUCUAGGACUUGGAAGCCGAAAAAGGGUCAGACUAUAAGAGGUCCUACAAGCAUCAGAGAUGAUCCAGAUAGAAGAAAGGGUAACCAUUUGGAGCAAAGAGAAAAAUUGGGACUUACAACAACUCCAAAUAAGGGAGCUUCACGUUCGAGGGUCCCACUUCCUGAAUCCGCUGAUGCAAUGCAGAAAGUUGAGUAUGAAAAGGAGAAGCAGGAUGAUGGGCUCUCUGAGUUGAGUAACAUAUUGGGUGAACUGAAGGAAAUGGCUGUUGACAUGGGUUCUGAAAUUGAAAGGCAAGAUAAAGCCCUUAAUCCUCUUCAAGAUGAUGUUGAUGAGAUCAAUUUCAGAGUAAGAGGUGCCAAUCAACGAACUCGACGACUUCUUGGAAAAUAAUUGAAUUUGUUUGAAUGAAUUUGGUUAUAUUUCUAUAUUUUUAUUGAAAAAUAUAGAAAACAUUGUCUCCUUACUACUUCCCUUUUAUUUGUUAUGUAGAGGAUUGUUUACCUAA